AUGGUGAUCCUGAGAUCUCUCUACCGUACAGUGUCAGCUUCCGCCAUCGGUGCUCACCGUUUAUCGCAUUCAGCCACUACCAAUCGUUUCCUCUAUUCACGAACCUUCUUCGGCAUUUCUUCAUCUCCCUCUCCUCGAAUCCUUCACGGUUACAAUUCUCAUCGUGUAAUGGAUAUUGGCAAAGUGCGGAACUAUAGUGAAGAUGUGUCUCACAUGCCUCAAAUAACGGAUUCUGAUGUGAACAAUGCUUUCAAAGAGUUGAUGGCAGUAAACUGGGAAGAGCUACCUACGUCUGUUGUAAACGAUGCAAAAACCGCACUAUCUAAAAGCUCAGAUGACAAGUCGGGGCAAGAGGCUUUGACAAAUGUGUUCCGAGCAGCUGAAGCUGUAGAAGAGUUUGGAGGGAUUCUUACUUCCUUGAAAAUGGAAAUCGAUGAUAGCAUUGGGAUGAGUGGGGAGAAUGUGAAGCCCUUACCAAAUGAUAUAACCAGUGCGCUGCGUACUGCUUAUCAGAGGUAUUCUGACUACCUAGAUGCCUUUGGGCCUGAAGAAGUUUACUUGAAGAAGAAGGUUGAGAUGGAGUUAGGGACAAAGAUGAUCCACUUGAAGAUGAGAUGCAGCGGUCUUGGUUCCGAAUGGGGAAAGGUUACCGUUCUUGGUACCUCUGGGCUCUCGGGUUCCUACGUGGAACAAAGAUCGUAG